AUGCCCGUACCAAUCCCCGAAGCCAGUCUAUUGAGAGACCUCUUGAGUUUAAAGGGGAAAGUGGUUCUUGUCACCGGUGCUUCUGGCCCCAAAGGUAUUGGUUUAGAGGCAGCACGAGGAUGCGCCGAGAUGGGUGCUGAUGUGGCCAUCACCUAUCUCAGUCGGCCAGAGGGUGGAGAACAAAAUGCAAAGGAGCUCAGAGAGGUGUACAACAUAAGGGCGAAAGCAUACCGGUGCGAUGUCAACAACUGGGACGAUGUGCAGAGACUUGUCCGCGACGUUAUCACCGACUUUGGCAAAAUUGAUGGAUUCAUCGCCAAUGCAGGUCGCACUGCAAGUAGUGGUGUUCUCGACGGAUCCGUGCAGGACUGGGAGGAUGUCGUCCACGCCGAUCUGACGGGGACCUUUCACUGUGCAAAAGCCAUCGGCCCCCAUUUUAAAGAGCGAGGACGCGGGAGUCUGGUCAUCACGUCGUCAAUCUCUGGCCACAUCGCCAAUUAUCCACAAGAACAGACUUCUUACAACGUCGCGAAGGCUGGAUGCAUCCAUUUAGCAAAAUCACUGGCCAACGAAUGGCGCGACUUCGCCCGCGUGAACAGUAUAUCCCCAGGCUAUUUCGACACCGGGAUCUCCGAUUUUGUGGAUCCCGCGAUCCAGAAAUCGUGGGUUUCCAUGAUCCCCCUCGGCCGCACCGCCGAUGCAAAAGAGCUCAAGGGCGCCUACGUGUUCUUGAUAAGUGACGCGAGCACGUAUACCACCGGUGCAGACCUCGUUGUGGACGGCGGUUAUACUUGUCGAUGA